CAGAGUCACCACUUUGACUCUUGAGUGAUGGUCUUAAGGAGUGUCCAGUAACAAGCCAUGGAUUUGUUAUUUGUUGUAGAUGAUAAUGUUACAGAAGAGGAGCUUCUCAAACUAUCUAAAAAGUUUUGCAAAAAAAGCAACAGCCAUUCUGAGGCAACUACAAGCAGUUUCAUAGACAAGAUGAGGCCUACAGUUUUUAACACAGAGCUGAACCCAAAAUUGAACACUGAAGAAAAAUCCAUGAAAAAAUGCAAAACUGCAUUAGGGAGGAAGAUGCAAAAAAAAUACUUGUCUGAUAUACCAAUAGUCAAGAACGGAAUGUUACGCAGAAUUAAUGGUGGCUCAACUAUCCUCACCAGCAGUGACAGUGAAGAUGAUGUAGACCAUGGUAUUGUAGGACCUAGCAUCAUGGGAACCAAUCCCCUGAUAAAUAGCCCUAGAGUCAAACGCCGGAGGAAGUAUUCAGAAUCCUUAAAACAGGAAUUAAAAAAGUCACACCCCAAUCUUAGUAAUAUUCCAAAUACCUCUGGAAAUAAACUCAAUGAAGUAGUUGUUGAUGCUUCCCUAAAUAUAUGUGAUAUUUUGAGUAGGAAUGGUGGUAGUUGUAGUUACAUUAGUGAACUGCCUGGUAGUCUAUUGGAGGUUUCUCUAGACUCUGACACUGAGAAAACUUGUACAUUUACUAGUAAAUUAAAAAGGAAUGCAUCAAAUGUUGUGUGUAAGCAAAAUGAAAAGAAAAGAAAACCAAACUCUCCAGCUGUUGUGAAAGAGAUGGGUAGGAAUUUCACUGAUUCAAAUCGAAACAGCAGGUCAAAACUGGCUGGCUCUGAUGGCAGUGACCGUAACAAUUCAUCUGGUGUUCAACUCAAUACCUGUUAUAGUAAAUCAGAGAAAAAAUGUUCUUCAAAUGAGAGCUCACUGUUGGAAUCCUGGAAUCAAAUACAGGAGGGCUCAUUAUUUCCAGGGAGGCUAUUUAAUGUCAGUGUUGAAAUAGCAGAGGUUAGUUUGAAAGAGGACACACCCAGCAUAAGCAGGUAAGGAUUUAUGUCCUCAAUUAUUCCUAUGUGUCAUCAACAGACAUGAGUCAAACGUCUGAGAAAUUGUGAACCUAAAUUAUACCAAACUAAUAACUAAGUUAACACACAAAAAUUCCUUGUCUAGGCUAGCCAUAAAUUAGAAUAUAAAUCACCACAAAAAAAAUCACAAAAACUUUCUUAAUGUUAAAAAAAAAAUUCUACUUAUUAUUCAGAAUUAUUAAGGAGAUUGUCUUAUCAGUUUGCUUUAUUGAAAAGUAAAUUCUGCUGUUAGUGAACCUAAUUAUACCAAAGUAAAUUCUAUAUACUAUUGGGUUGCAACAAGAAUUUUUAUAGUGUGUGUAGACAACAAAAUACUGUAGCUUGUGGCAGUGCUGACGUAAUGAGUUUGAUUCUGUUACUCUGUCAGUGACGUAUAACUGCAUUAAAACUUGAUCUGUCAACAGCCCUCUGGUGAUACAGCAACCAACAUUAAAUAUACCUGACUGGAUGUAUGUGGCAUUGGAUUGUGAGAUGGUUGGGACGGGACCUAAAGGCAAACAUAGUGCUUUAGGUAGGUGGUUGGUACAAAAAUUAGUCCCAGUAAUCUUAACUAGGUAGGUGUUCUAGACUUGAGCUAAUUUGCAAACAUAGUGUUCUUGGUAGGUGAUUAUGACAUGACCUAAUGACAAAAAUGGUGCUUUAGGUAGGUGAUUAUGACAGGACCUAAUGGCAAACAUGGUGCUUUAGGUUGGUGAUUAUGGUGGGUCCUAAUGGCAGACAUGGUGCUUUAGGUUGGUGAUUAUGGUGGGUCCUAAUGGCAGACAUGGUGCUUUAGGUUGGUGAUUAUGGCAGGACCUAAUGGCAAACAUGAUGUUUUAGGUUGGUGAUCAUGGCAGGACCUAAUGGCAAACAUAGUGUUUUAGGUAGGUGAUUAUGGUGGGUCCUAAUGGCAGACAUGGUGCUUUAGGUUGGUGAUUAUGGCAGGACCUAAUGGCAAACAUGGUGUUUUAGGUUGGUGAUCAUGGCAGGACCUAAUGGCAAACAUGGUGUUUUAGGUAGGUGAUUAUGGUGGGUCCUAAUGGCAAACAUGGUGUUUUAGGUAGGUGAUUAUGGCAGGACCUAAUGGCAAACAUGGUGUUUUAGGUUGGUGAUUAUGGUGGGUCCUAAUGGCAGACAUGGUGUUUUAGGUAGGUGAUUGUGGUGGGUCCUAACUAAUAGCAAAAUUAUGCUUUAAGGUAGGUGGUUGGGGCUUGUGUAAUAAAUGAAGAGAUUGAUUUGCUCUAAUUUGUCUAGCUUUUUUGUUUCAGCCCGGUGUAGUAUUGUUGAUUACAAUGGCAAGGUAAUCUAUGACCACUACAUCAAGCCAUCUGAUCAUAUCACAGACUACAGGACGCCCUGGAGUGGGAUUCGGCCACACCAUAUGUCCAUGGCUUUACCUUGUAGUUUGGCUGUGCCAGAAAUAAAGAAGUUCCUGGACGUAAGUCACAAGUUGUUGGUUUGUGUUAUUUUCUAGAACUUGUAACAGUGGAGAUAAGAAUGGAAUCCAGAGAUUACCAUCAUCGAUCAAUUAUAGGGUUAACCAAUGUAUUUUAGCUAAUUCAUUUUACUUUUCAUUUGUUGGCAAAUUUAUUAAUGUUACAUAUGGUAGGAGCAAAUCAUAUAAAAUGAGUUUGGCCUAUACAUGAUGUUAAAUGAACUUACAUUGUUUGAAUACCAUAGGGCUUGUCAUUUAAUGGCAGAACUCUAUUCAUAAAACUGCUGUAAUCACCUGGGUACUCAGGUCAGACAAAAUAUCAACAAUGUUCAUUACUACUAUGUUAGCGAAAAGGCCAUUGUCCUAUAUCAAAACUUUUUUACAACUAUAUUUGACGAAAUAUUUUACACAAUUUUUUUACUGCUAUUUUGUGAAAUGGGACUUCAUUUCGCAUACGGCACAUGUAACAGUGACUCUAGAUACAAGGAUUGUCCAAACAAUAUGCCGAAACACACUCUUAGCUACCAUGCUUUAAGAAAUAUUUGUCAGAAGUUCUAAAAAUAGUAAUUCUAUGACGUUUUCCUGUCUGAGAAAUGACAAACCCUAUAUACUGAUGAUAGCAAAAUGUGUUUGUUAUCCUCAACAAAUCACAAAACACACAAAUCACACAUCUUUAAACAGUCAGUUUUUGUUCAUAAAAGUCUCUCUGUCUCUUUUGGUAUUCUCUUGUAAGAAUAAAGAUCUGAGUCAUAGUCUCAUUUUUUUUAGUUACACUGAGACAUUUCCAGACUAGAAAUUCUGGAAGGUCGGAGUAUUCUCUACCAAAUUUAGAAGUGUCUGUUGAUUUCUCUACUUUGUAAAUAAACUUUCCCAAUCAAGGGAGGGGGUAGGGUGUGAUUGGAAGUUGCACUAAAUUAAUUAGCAGUUGGCAAGCAGACUAACAAAAAGGGAGAUAAUCCUACUAUUCACACCAUACAACUCAGAGGUGAUUCAAAUGUGGCUCAACAAAGUCCGCCAAGGGACACAUGGAUUAGGGAUUAUUUUUUUUUAGUUUAAAUAUUUUAAUAGUUCGUUAAUUUAAAAUCUUUUUGUGUGAAACUAAAAAUACUCUGGAGAAGUUAUUUAGAUCCAUGUUUUGUGUAGCUUUAAGAACUUGCUAUAUCAUACUUGUGAAAAGUUUCUCAUCGAAUAGCAAGAAAUACCGUGUGCUCUAAUAGCAAUGUCAUAAAUUCAAGUAAUUUCAAAUGUCACAUAUAUUUCUUAGAGGCAGAAUUCUGUAUAAAUUGACUCCAUCUAAACUACCUGGUAAUUGAGCGUCCAUGUUUGUUUGUUUUUUUAACAGAAGAAAAUUGUCAUAGGUCACGCCGUGUACCAUGACUUCAAAGCGCUUGAAAUGCAGCCAGCACAAUUCAUGGUAAGGGACACGGCCCGUAGUGCCAGACUGGUGGAAAUGGCUGGACUGCAAGGAAAGGGAAACAGUUUGAAGAAACUUUCUGCAGCUCUUUUAGGUUUGUUUGUGAUUUCUUGUCUGUGGCAUGUCACUUUUGGUUAGAUCAUCAUUAAAAUUAAUGCCUUUAGAUCAGGGGCAGGUAAACAAUUUUUGAGUGAAGAGCAGGUUAUAAUUUAUAUCUUCUAGUCUAGGGAGAACAUAUUGGGAGCGGCAGACAGGGCCCUGCCUGUGGAUUGCUUUAAGGCUGGCACAUCUUGUUAAGGUUAAAAUAAACAGCACAUUAUGUAAUUUUAAAAAUAAAACCCAAUAAUGAAUGAGAGUAUUUUCUUUUCGACAACUUUAUCUAUCCGUCUAGUUCAUUAAAAGUCACGGUAAUUGCAGCCACUUUAUUAUUUAAUAAUUUAAUGGCAUUAUAGUUAUUAUUUUAAAAUGUUUUAUGAUGUACAGAGCUUCAUUUAUCCAUUCAAAGAGCAUGCAGCUGCUGCAGGUUGCCGAUCGCUGCUUUAGAGAAAUUGUGACAUUUUUUGGUUUUAUUUUGACAGUGCUGUGUGAACACCCUUUUUAAAUGUUAUUCUUUGUGUCCCAUGUACCAGAAUAAGUAGUAUUACUACGGCCAAGCAACUAAACCAAAUCCACUGUUUCAGUAUGGUACUGCCUAAGUAAAAAAAAAAAAUGUGUAAUGUUAAGAAAGUUGUCUAUUCAAUGUAAUGUUUAUACUUGUCCCAAGUAACUAGAUGAAUGGUCUAGUGGGAAAAGUACUGGAAGUUUAAUUAUUUUAUUUAAAAAUUAGUUAAGACAAGAAAUAUAUAUUUAAAUCUUUUUCCUUGCAUCAUUUCAGAAAACAUGUAUCAUGUUUGCUGGAUGGAAAUGAAAUACAUUUAAAUAAAAAUGUUAGUUUCUUUUUAACUUGUGAUACAAAACUCAUUUUUCUCCAAGCUUUAAAAUUGACUUAAGUACCUUUCACACUGUGCCCUCCUUCAAAUUGAGUUUGUUUACAUAAAAACAGUUUCAAUAAAUCAUCUUACAUUAGUUGCUUUUCUUUUAUUUAGAUCGCCACAUACAGGUGGGAAAACGGGGCCACUGCUCUGUCGAAGAUGCAAAGGCGACACUAGACCUAUUUAAACUUGUCCGCACCGAAUGGGAGCCAGAGUUGAUGACCAACUGGGUGAAGAAAGACCCGAGCAUUGCACAGAAGCUGCUUGACAUCAUUAAUAGCUGUGUGGCAAAUGGGGACGUCAAUCAUGUUGAGGACUUUCUACAUGAUAAAUUUUGGCCUUCAGCCUGAUAGGAAUUUCUACAUGAUAAAUUUUGGCCUUCAGCCUGAUAGG